GGAAGUUCGAAAAGGCGAGGGAUAAGCCGGCGGUCCGCCUCUCAAAACUCUGAAUCGUUUCUCUGUUCGAUAUGGUGAGCAUUAAUUUACCUUCUUUGUCGAAUUGCCUGACUGAUUCCUCCGCAGUUUACCAGAAGAUUGGGAACAGAAACUCUCGCGGCCCCCAGUCCCGUCGCAGACAGGUACAUUUCUUCCCGUGUUGGUCUCCACGUCUCGCUUCAUUCAACAUCCAUGCUAGCCACUUUCGUUCUGACCUGUCACGAUCAUUACUACUGGGAAUUUUCUCCGCCCGUAUUUAAGAAGCUCCGGCAUCCAUCGGGUUGACUCUUAUUGCUGCUCCCAGUAGUCAACUCAACCAGCCAUGCCUCUGUCGCUGCCGUAUCUCCAGGAACACCCUGCUUACUUCAUCGGUCCCAAUAUCAUGGGCAUCUUUAUACAGGCCAUCGAAAUGGGUUUCGUCAUAAACCAGUUCUUCACCUUCUGGUCUCGAGCAGACCGCGAGAGUUCAGUCAUCAAGACCAUCGUUCUUAUUGUGACCUCUGUUGCAGUGCUACAGACCUCGUUAGCGUUCUAUAGCUUAUGGAGAGCCCACGUGCUCCAUUUUGGUGAUUUCAUUAUUGCAACAAGCUUCAUCUGGGUAGACAAGCUAUCUCCCAUUAUGACUGUCUCGAUGGCUUCUCCAGUGCAAGCAUUUCUCAUAUGGCGAUGUUGGACGCUCACAAGAAGGAACUGGAUCAUACUUGGAUCCCUGUCAACCGUUCUUCUAGCUUCAGUGAUCUCGAGCAUUGUCGUCACCGUUGAGACCUUUAAUAUAAACUUCCAAGUACUAGUGGAAAGCGUGGACCAGCUACCCAGAAUCAGACCAGAUGUCACUUUCAUCCUUGCUCUCGCGUCUUCUGCAGCCUUGGACGUUGCGGUUACAAGUAUACUGCUCACAUAUCUCUCGAGAGCAAAGGCUCACGUCUAUUCCUCACGAUUUCGACGCGUCAUGCGUAAACUGGUCAUUCUGAUCUGGGAGGCCGCUGUUCCUCCUGCUGCAUGUGCCAUCGUGGUGGUAGUGACAUAUCUGACCAUUGUCAAUGACAACUACUGGGACCUGAUGUUCCAGGCAAUCCUCGGCAAACUAUACGUCAUCUCUCUCUUCGUCACCUUAAAUGGCCGGGCAGACUUGGCAAAAGUAGCGGCAGGCACAAACCCUCGGCUAACAAGUCUUGGGUGGGCGGGCCCAGCAAGCCAUGCAGUCACUCUGAACAUACAACCGAUGGACCUUGAACUCGGCCAACAGCACUCCAGUGGUCCUUCUGAAGCUGAAAAUAACAGUGUAGCCACGAUUCAGGAGAAUAAGUCGGAGAGAAUCCAGGUCUCAUGAGCGUUGUCAUCGUUCUUUUCUCAUCUUGGACACCUGACUGCAUUCUUGACAACCAACGUCCUCGGACCCUUUACUCGCGGCGUUACUUACACCGACUUGCAUAUAAUUUUCGAACUUGGGAAACGUUCUGUGAAUGCCAUCGUCAUCCAACUGUACUACCUCCACUUUAUAAUCUGCUAUGUCUGUAGAUAGUUAUCUUCAAGGUGCCUGGCUGUUUGAUAUACCGUUGUACAUACUGUAGUAUCAGUAUUAUAAUACGGCACUCCGUUUGCUUUCUUGUCCAUCCCACACAAUGCUUCA